AUGUUUCCAGAUUUGACUCAGAAGAUAAAGUCGGGCAUCUUUCGGUUCCUGUGGCAAAAUGACCAGUUCAAAGCCAAAUGGGCAAUUCUUGCAAGAGCAUACUCUAUCGUUCGUGAUGACCAUGUAGAAGAGGUCACUUUGGAAACUUUCCUGGCCCUUAAUGCUGGCUUCAUUGGCAUCAUCCCUCCCGAUCGCUACCUUGACGCCAUGGGCUGGCAAAUUACAGCUGAUCAACAACAGUACACAAUGGCUCGUGUCGGGAAUCCAAAAAUCAACGAAGCCGACGUGGCAACCAACUAUUCCGUUGAUGACAUUGUCAACAAUUGUUAUGAGAAUGACUAUGUCACUGCUAGAAAUCGCAGAAAUAGGAGGGGUCGUGGUCAUGCUCCUGUCAUGGCAUUUGCUGCUCAACCAAACUUGAAUUUCCCUCAGAAAGACAACAUUCAAAUCAAUGCCAAUGAUGCCGAUGUUGCCGAUGUCGACCAGCCGAACGUUGAUACGGGGUUGAUUUUGAUUCCUCAUGAGCGAGAUGAAGAGGUAGCCACAGAUGAUAGUGGUUUGACUGUGGCUUCUGAUGAGUUAUUUGAUUUUGCCAUGGAAAAUUUUGUCCAGCAUGGUGUCGAGGAUGUCGACACCGAAAGCAUUAACGUCAUUCACGAUGCUGAGCAAGAGCCGGUGGCUCAACCGAACUUCAAUACUGAUCUCGACGACUUCAAUCUUCCGGACAUUCAUGAAGAAAAUUUGUUUUUAUUCGACCCUUCCCUUCGAGCACAUCUGUUUCCCUUCGAUCCUGCUUCCGAGGCUCACCAAUUCGACAACUUGGCUAACAUCUAA